AUGGCCUUGAAGGAAGCUUCAGAUCCAUCUCCGCAAGCCCACUUCGAGUUAUUGCGAAUGAUCGACCAGCUGAGGUCUGCAGUGGAAACGCCGACAGAAACCGUGCUUCGUCUGAUCUACCAGCCUCCUCAAAAUGCUGCGUUGCGAGUUGUUAUCGAUUUGGGUAUUUUCCCCAUGCUUGUGGAGAAGCGCCACAGAGGAACGGGGCUCUCAGCCGCUCAGCUAGCCAACUACACGGGCGCCGAAGAAGAUCUAAUUGUACGACUAAUGCGCGUUAUGGCUUCUCUUGGGCUGUGCGUCACACCGACCCCCGAGCUUUAUGUUGCCAAUGAGAAGACCGUGGCACUGACUCAGCCGAUUGGGAGGGACGGAAUCCCAUGCAUUUAUGAUCUUACUUUUCCAACAUUGAGCAAACUGCCAGAGUACCUGCAGGCCCAUAAUUAUGCCAAUCCCCAGGAUUAUACUCAGUCGCCUAUGCAAUGGGCGGUUGGACAGAGUCAGUUUGAGUGGCUUUCGAGUCAUCCGGAACAGCAGGAGCUUUUUAACUCGUACAUGGCCAGCCGUCGUGAGGGUAAGCCGAUGUGGUACGAUAUAUACCCUGUCGAGCGACUGUUCGGCCAUUCCGUGCCAUACAAAGAUACUGUCUUCUUGGUAGACAUUGGCGGUAACCAAGGACAUGAUUUGGGCAAAUUCCGCCGAGAAUAUGGUCAUCUGCCAGGCAGAAUGGUGCUGCAGGAUUUACCCAGUGUUGUUGAGGGCGUCGAUGGUGAGAGCGCAGGAAUCGAGGUGAUGGGAUAUAAUUUCAUGGAUUCUCAACCCGUCAAAGGCGCCCGUGUAUACUACUUCCGUUCCAUCUUCCAUGACUGGGAUGACGAAAUCAGUCAGAAGAUCCUUCAGAAUACGGUAUCAGCGAUGGCGCCGGACUACUCUCGGAUUCUCAUUGUGGAUUUCGUCCUCCCAGAUACCGAUGCUCCCCUAAUGCAGGCUUCACUGGAUAUUCAGAUGAUGAGUAUUGGAGCUGGUGUCGAACGGUCAGAACAACAGUGGAGAGAUCUCUUGCAUAGUGCUGGUUUGGAGAUCACGGGCAUCUGGAACCAGAGCCCGGCGAUGGAAUCGGUGAUUGAAGCAGUUCCGAUGUUGAAAUAG